CGCCGCUGGUGCCGCUGGUGCCGCUGCCGCCGCCGCUGCUCAUGAUCAUUAUUUUACCUUUUAAUUCUUUUUUUUUCCGCUCUUGCCAAAUGCUUUGGCUCCAAGUUUCCUAUGUGUAUCUAUUGAUAUAAAUGUAUAUAUUUAUUUAUUCUAGCUGUCAGGUGUUAAAAUAAAUGCCGAAGAUUAGUCCCACGUCUCUCCCACUCUAGGAUAUAGAUUUUUAUAUAUUUAUUAUUUUAUUCUUGUUGUCUUUGAGUGAAUUGGCCGGUUUGGGGAGGCUUUUGCCACCCUCCCUGGUGUUGUUUUGGUUUUGGAAAAAGAGGUGGAGGAGAGGAAGGAGGGAAUUAGGGGGCGGCCGGAGCCGAGAGGACGAGACAGUGUUUUGGGGGGUGCUCGGGGCAAGUCUGGGGGCUGUCUGGCCCCAGACGACGGAGAGGACGCGCGCUCGCGCUCUCGCUCUUUCUUCUGCUGCUUGCGUACGGCUUGUGAUCUCGCUGGAUUCGGGCGGCUCUGUUUUUUCCCUCUUUUCUCGCUUGCAAACUGCUUUCCUCGCUCCCUCGCUCCUGCCUCCCCUUCCCUCCCUCCCUCCCUCCUCCUCUCCCUCGCCUCUCCUUCCUUCUCUGCUCCCGUCCUUCUGGGUGACUCCGGGAGACGAGGAGGGAGGCUGCCCGCUCGCUCGCCCCGCUGGCUCCCUUCCAUCGGCCUCGCUCCUUUAGAUUCCCUGCCUCCGAGCCGAGAUUUGGGAGGAAAAAUGCAAGCGAACUCCUCGGGUUUUGUUUUUCUCAUCCCCCCCCCCCCAUAAACCCAGUUGAAGUAUCGUUUCUACUAUUUCCUUUUAGAGCUGCGAUCUUCCUAACGAGAUCCGAGUGUUUUGGUGUCCCCUUACCCUGUGUUUUGGGGGAGGUUUAGCUUGCCUGGGGGCGGGGGUGUUGAAUACUUUGAAAAUUAUUCUUUCAUGUUGCAGUCGAGGGAGUCAGGAACCCCCGCGCACUCCCUCUCCCCAUCCUAAGGAGAGAGGCUGGUGGCGGGACAGGGAUUUGAGGGGUGGAUGGCAAAGGGGGUGAGCGUUUGCACCUGCGGUGCCGUUUAGCGUGCGGGGACUCCGGGAACCUUCACAGGACGGCCCAGACGAGCGGGAAGGUGGCGGGAUUUCUGGCGGUCGUGGUGUUUGUGUUUUGGGCGCUGCGUGACUCGGUGUUAGCUCCCAAUGGCUGUUCCCCGCCUCUCCUAAAUUUUGUUUUAUUUUCUCCCAUCGUGCGAGCUUUGUAAAAAAAAAAAAAAAAAAAAAAGACAACUGCCAGCCGGAGAGUAGCCGACAGCGGGCUUUAGAUUCCCGAGGUCCUUGCACUGGGCGACGGGAGAAACAAACCGCCUCAGCCCGCGUUCCUACGUGCAGAGACCCGGGAGGAGAGAAGGGCACACUGUGGCCCUGGGCGGGGGACCUGGCGCGGGAAAAGGGGGCGCGGGCGCGAAAGGGAGAUCUUUGUGAGUGAUUUUGCAAAAACGGAUUGCGAGGUUGGUUGGAUUUGCAACCUGUGGCUCUCCUCGAGGGAGCAGGAAUGGGGGACGGCGGCGGCGGCGGCGGCGGCCCGGGGCGGGAGCGAGUGGGGAGUUGGAAAUUGGCUGCACUCUUGGGCCGCGGGAGCUAGGGGCCACCCCGCCGCGGGAUGUAGUGACCGCGGUCUAGGUCUAGAGAACUGUGGAUUGCGUUGCCUUUAUGAUGCAGUGUUAUUGGAACUCUGGCGAAAAAUGGAACUAGUGUUACAAUAAUGAGUUUUAAAGCUCCCCAUGAAAAACAAAACACAACCCAAUAGAUCUUUUAAGACCUGUAAAGGUCCUGUUAUGGGGCGCCUCUUUUUGCAAUGGUUAGGACUUGGCGGUGGGGGUCCAGACCGCUGAACUGGGAGAAAGACCCCCAAACAGGAUACCGAAAGUCCAGAACUGUUACUGGGUCCCUGACGCAACAGAAAGCUGGUCAUCCCCAUUACCACCACCACCAGCUACAGGAAACUAAUUUAAUUUUUUUAUGGAUUUUGUUUCCAUUCAGUUUAUAGUUUCCAGGAGGGAAAUCUUGUCACUCUUUACUUUUUUUUUUAAGUGUCAAUACAUGCAUUUUUUUUUCUGUCAAAAAAAAAAAAGUGGGGCAGGACAGAGGGAACCAGGGAAAGGGCUGUUUAGAAAUACAGUUUGUGGCUCUGAGCGAUGCCACUGGCUUCCUCUACAGAGACUGUCAGUUUCCCUUUUUCUUUGCAAGGUGUGUGUGGUUUUAAUAAAUAACUUAAAAAAAUAGAGGGGGGCGGCAAGAUCUGUCAGGAGACAGGUAUCUAUUUUGCUCACUAUUUACUACCAAGAGCCUUUGGCACUGGAACAGAACCUCAUAAAUCUGCAGCCCAAGUUGAAGUUCAUCUGGCCCUAGUCCACACGCUAUUCCUGGAGGUAGCAAACAUGAGCUCAAAGGAAUGAGGUGAAAUCACAUUCUUGCUUUAAAAUAUAUACUUUUUUUUUUUUGAGAAAGGAUAUUGUCUCUGGGGGAGGAGGAAAAGGAAAGAGAGUGACAGAAGAUGGGCAUUCCUUUGCUAAAAUGACUGCAGUUGAGUCCUCAGUCUGAAAUAGAAACCUGUAUAUGGGAAAUAUUUCCCCCUCCCCCCACUUAUAAAUAGAAGUUUCCAAUAUCCUAUUUGGAAGACUUUCCAAUACUGCAGGCCCAAGCAUUGGCUUGUUUUGAGGGUCUGUUGAUAGUGACAGUAAGGCCAAAAGCUGUUGGUAAACGGAGUAGCUUGAAGGAGAAGGGAGCCAGAAGAGGGAAUUCUCCAAUUGGCCUUUUCGUCUAUGCUGUUUCGAAGGGUUUUACCCCAUGCUUUCUUGAAAAGACUCUCCGGUUUAUUCUGGGUUUGGUGGACAGGGAUGGGACUCUAAACUCUUAAGCUCUCGUUUGCUGAGCCCUGAAGAGUUCCAGUUAUUGGUUGAGUAAAUGUGUAAGCCAGGACUAGAUGUCAAAAUCCUUCCUUCCCUCUCUCCCCUGCCUGGUAGCCACACUCACAACCCACUUUAUUGUGAAAAACUUGAGAUUCCGAGGUGGUGGUGCGGCAGCGCCACCCCUUGGUGAGUGAAACUCUCUAUUUGCAAAAGUCAAAUAUUUGAAAAACAUUGUGAAAUGACCUUAUGAGGGAUUUCUUUUCUUUAGAAAGAGGAGAUAAAACUAACUUAAAAAAAAAGGACUUUGUAGUUGAUUUCUCAAAUGAGGAGGAAAAGAGUUGCUUUCCAGCUAGGAUAGUGUCAUAAUAGGCAAAAAAGUUCCGAGUGUGUGUGUGUGUGUGUGUGUGUGUGUGUGUGUAUACGCGCGCGCGCGCACGGAAGGCUGUCUAGUUGGUUUUGAGUUCUCCAGACAGAGGUAGCCUCCUUCCCCCUUGAACUUGAUUUCUCAGAGCACCUGAAUUCUGUUGUCAGCCUGACAUUGAGAUAAGGAGGAAUGUCUCCGUGUAAAAACAAACCGGUGAUUGGAAGUCCUGUAGUUUUGCUGGUGGUGAUGAUGGUGUCCGUGGGGGCCGGGGUGGGGACGGAGGUUUGUGGAUGGCGUGGGGCAAUGGUAGGCCGGUCUAGCUGGGUUUGGAGCUCUCUGGGCGUUGAAGCAGUGUGGCGCGUGCCGGUUUCCUGCACUGCGCAACAAGUGGGAAUGCCGCCGCGGUGAUCCGGGCGAGGGUGCUGUGUUGUGGUGAAGCUGGCCCCUUUCUUCCCACUAGAAGCCAGGAAUGGAUCUUCCCAUUCCAGCCUGCCUCCCAGCCUAUGACCAGCAGCCCCACCAAAAGACCAUCAUUCGGCCGGGUCUUUUGCCGAGCGCUGUAAGCCUGGGUGGAACCCGGUCCUUGGCCUCCAGGGCCCCCUUUGCUCCAUGGGGAUCGGGGAUUUAUUCCCGAUUUUCUUUGCGGGUCGACCAGUAUUUGGCAAGAAGCUUUGCUAAUCCCGUCGAGUUCCAUUCUGCUUUUUGAAGACAAGCGCUCCCUUUCCUCCUUUCUAAUACGUUCAGCCCUUCCGGCUGGAAAAAUCACCGUAUAAUUUGUGAACGCAGCUCCAGAUACCGCGUUGUGGUUGCUAGAGGAGUGAGCAUCAGGAAGAACGGAAUUACAUCCAGUAAAUUAAAUGUUUUGCAGAGUUGCUUAUAGAGGCAACCUCCUCUCCCUAACAGACCCAAAAGAGAGAAAAAAAAGGAGGCGGGGGGGGGGGUGCCGGGGGCAGUCGGUAGUGGAAGGCUGUGGCGGCGUGGUAAUUUUCGAACGGACUGAGUCUGCCACCUAGUGGUAGAUCGUAGCCGACUUCCCCGCCUGGGACGGUGGGCCGACCCUGUCACUUUCGGGUCUCCCAAGUAUCCCAAUCAGGUGCUAAGACUGACAAAGAGGAGGGAACCAUCCAAUGAGGAUAACUUCCGACCUCCAAAGUUCGGGUAAGAUGGAUGAAAAUUAGGGAGCCUUCAGAUGCUUGUUCUGUCCAUGGUCCCCCAGCGAGGGGCAUCAGCCUCUCUCCACUAAAAGAACCUUGACAAGGUAACCCGCUUUGAACACACUAUCUCUCUGUCUCUGUGGCCUCUCCCUGGGUGAAGUGGGUGGUGGCAGGAUGCCAUGGGGUCUCUAGGACAUAAAACUCCUUACAGUUGAGGAGACGAGUCUCAUGAGGAGGGUCUGUUACUGUUGACUUCAUACCCUAACUGGGACAGAUUUUUACCUUCUGAAUUGCAGGUCAGUGACUUAAAGAAAGUCAAUGGCGAGUUUAUCGCCACUUCUUUGAAGUGUCUAAGAGAAAGGAGCAUCAGUAAGAGAGACCCAUUGUUUUAAUAACUCAGGUCAGCAUAGCUGAAAACAGUUUCCCCCAGUGUCUUGGAGGAAUUUUAGAAAGUAUAGCAUAAGAUUUUCAGUUACAGAUGUGGACAACCUAAUGUAGUAAUGAGGGUGAAGGUCUCAGAUCUUGAGGAGUGCCUGUGUUGGUGGGUGAUUAAGUCCAGUCCCUAGACUUGCAGAGAUGCACCUAUCUCCCCGCAAGGCUUACAUUUGGAUACUGAAACAAUACUCUUCCCCUUCCUUCCACACUGCUUAGUGACUUCACGAGACACCAGUUAUGGAAGGGAGUAAGGAAGAUGAGAAGGGUGUCCUUUGGACAAGCAGCGUGUGAUCUCUGUAGAAUUUGGGCCACAAUAGCUUCUUAUUAAGCAAAAUUUUAUUUUCUUGGAGCUGAAAACUUAAGAUGGCAAAACGCGCACACGGGUGACGGCGACCCCUAGCGACGGCCGCCGGCCCGUGCACCCGCGGAAGAUGCAGCCGUCUCCGCCUCCCUGGUCCUAGGGAAUCGAGUUCAGCCUCUCCCACUGCGGGAACUGUCGGAGGCCGCGUCGGAGAAACGCGCCUCUGUUCGGGUUGGAAACGAAUCUGGGGAUGUGUUUGAAGAGCGGUCAAGUUUGACUCAUCGCUUUCCAAGGACAGUUAGUGCCUUCCAUCUUCAUUAACGUGAAUAAAGACCUUGGCUGACUUCUGUCCAGAUCGGAUUUUUAAAGGCAUUGUUUGCUUGGGGACAUCAUGCCGCUCCCCUCCCCCGGCAGCCUUUUUGCAAAGGCAGAGUCCAGUCCAGCCUGGAUGGCCGAGAUCUUUUCUUAGGGACGUAGUUUGCUGGCAUUGUCUGCCGGCUCUUUCUGGAAGGCUGUCGCGGGCAGGGCGCAUGGGGAGCGUCCCUUCUGCAGCUCCUCUUCAGAUCUUGAUGAUAAAACACAUCCCUCUAUUUUAUUGCAUUUCCUAGAAGCUUGCAGGCUUCAAAGAGCGCUGCUGGCAGGAAACGUGAUAGAAAUAAAGUCAGGACAUAAUGUCCCCGAACACCUUGGUCACCCAAAGCGCCUGCCGAGGCUACCGCGUUAUCAAAUUCGCUUUCAUUUAUUGCCUACUCCACCCUCCCGUCAAGAGAGCGAACAGUGUUUCUCCCUUAAAACAAAAACAACCGCGCGGCUUAACCCCACCCCCUACAGCUGGACCACUGUGGCUAAACUAGAGCAGCCAGUUAACUGAGACGCUGCGCAGAAAGGGAGCGCUUGGGCAAGAGCCCUGAUUCUGGUUUCACUACUGCAGCUCCAACUUUAAUUAAAAUUCCUCGUUCCUACUCCUAAGCAGUGCUUUGCACUUCCAGAUUCUCCUUGGGAUUUCUCAGCGAGUUAUUGGUGUUAUUAGAUUACCAAUAAUCCAACAGCCAGCCGGGAUAGAGAAAGGUGGGGGUGAGGGUGGGGAUGCGAAAGGCAUUCUCCAAAUCUGGAGCCUGUGUCCAAAGUAGGUCAAUGGGAAGGAGAGGCGGGGCUACAUGAGUAUUGUCGGUUUCUAGCCUUGAUGGAGGGCUCUCUCUAGUGUUAGGCAGCGGUAAAACAUGAUUAGGUUUGAGCUCCCGGAACCACGGGACUCCUAAUUUCCAAUAAGCGCAAGUACGUAAUUUUAACUUCCCUUCCUAGAUACUCACCCCAUUCCAUAUUAAAUUUCAACCUUCGCUUUCACCUUUAUUCCACUGGGCGAAGGAAUGAGAAAGCCACAAAGUAGGACUUUAUGAGGCCGACGAGGCCCAGUCUUUACCAACCGCCCAGACCCCGCCUCCGCCGCUGAUGGGAUGGGCUGCUCAGUGAGAGGCCACCCGCUGGUUUUGGGACCGGACUGUGGCCUCAGGGGCUACGUUUUUUGCGCCCCCACCCCCCCGCGCCGGAAAAUUCCUCUCGGAGCCCACCACUAGGACCAGUUAGGAGAGGGCGCCCAGGGUUUAUAAUUCCAAGGAAGGCCAAGAGAAAGCGAGGCAACCCUGGUGCGCGCCAAUGCGCGCGCUGAGGUGGGCGCCCCGGUACCUGCGCAAUCCUAACCGUGUGUCUACAGUUUCGGAGAAAUCGGAUUCCGAAAUCCCGAAACCUGGCCAGUUUUGGCCUGGCAGCUCCUAUUCUAAAGACUUUGGGCGGAAACCGAGCUAAGCAGGGUUCCCCUACUUGCCAACGUAGGCGGAAGGGGCUUUCGGUUUGGUUUUCCUCCAGGUCGGCUCGUGCACACUGGCUGGAGACCCUCAGCCCUAGAGACUCCUAUCUUUCUACCCUGACACCUGGCCUAACCAACGCUUUAAGGGGAGGGGGGGGGAGCGGUGGAGUAAGCAAAAAGAGGGGAAGAAAAGAAAAGAGAGAGAAAAAUACAUAAAUGACGCACCAGGCAAACAAACGCCAGAAUUAGGCAAUUUGAAGUCGUGAAAUGAGCCUCAGAUUGGACCCGAAUUGCUGGGUUCUAGACCGGCUCUGCCACUAACUUGCGCGACUUUCCCCAUUUAUAAAAUUAUUGUGGGGGAAGGGUUGGAGCGGGUGAACUCAGAAUCCUGGAUCGGGCGCCGGCAAGGGAUUUAGGGGAAAGUGUGCCUAUUCCCCGCGAGCCUCCCUGGGCGCCCCCCUCCCUCCCCGGGUGAAUCCCCGGCGGCCCUCGCGCCGCAGGCAGCGAUCCUGGCGGCCGUCGGGGACAGGCAGCUUCCUGGAAAGUUACUUCUCGUUGGAGCCGGCGAUAGGCAGAAAGUGUUCUGUGAAAUCCGCUGAGCUGAGAUCGACUACGUUCCGGGAAUGAGAGGGCUGUGCCAUUCCCCUCACUGCCCACUGUCUUGACGGCGUAACAGGAAAAAAAAAAAAAAAAAAAAAAAAAAGGCACACACAAUGUUAGCUACCGACGUGCACGAAACGUUUUAUUUGAAUGUAACCAAAUUAAAGGUUGCCACGAUCUCACCACGGGGCCUCCGACGCGCCUGUGGGGGCUUCCAGGCAGAUGGGCCGCGGUGCCCACGGAACGCCCGGGGGUGGGCGGUCCCUGGCGGGCAGGUACGGUAAGGUCGGGGUGGGCGACUCUGCCCGGGCUUGCUGAGGCGCGCAGGGCUCCAGUUUGUGCCCGUGUGAGCGCGCGAGAGGAAGCGCAGUGCCCGAGGAGCAGAGGAGACAGGGAAGGGGUGGACAGGGGCUUUCGUGGUGGGUCACUCUCUCUCUUAACCUGGCUCUCGCUCUUUGCUCCCCUCUUUUCUCUCGCCUUCCCCUUCUGCUGUCUUCCUGCCUUCUCUUCCCUCUCUGCCUUUUUUAGAGGAGGGGGGAGGGUCCCUAUUUUUUCUUCUCCAGCACCUUUAAAAAGACCUGCCUUCUCCUCAAGGUGCCAAACUGAAAAUCCAGAGGGAAAAGGCAGAGGAGAGAAAGUGUGUGGGUGGAAAGACAAUAUUUAGGUCUCACUUCGUGGUUACUGCGGCUGGGGCGGGGUUUGGAUGGGGGGAGCCCACGUCUGAACCCUUGCAGUUGUCAGUUUCUCCUUGACAGCCCUGUUCUUUUGGCAGAGUGUGUCUGUGUAAUGAGCAUUGUGUGUGGCGUCGAUGGGAUUCCAGCCGAAGCUAGUAAGACAGAAUUUGUCCAGGACUUUGCUGGAGAUGAGCUUUCGGUCUUGGGCAAGGCUUAUCCUGUGGAGCCUCAGUGACCUCCCCAGUAAAUCAGGGCUGUUACAAGGAUCACAUAGGAUAAUGGAUGGGAAAGACCUGAGUGGUCUGUGAGAAACAGAGCAGCUGCCAGGGGUCCUUCCACACUUGCAGCAAAUAGAGGGAGGCAUGGCUCCCCACAUCCACCAUAACGUGCACUCCCUAGCCCUGGGGUACCCUAAGAUAGAGCUAGCAGGAGAAGAGGUGGGCUUAAUAGGGCUGUGGGCCUCAGUUGUAUGUGCAUUUGUUUUUGACCAAGCUGGGCAGAAGUUUAGGAUGAGAAGUGUCCAGCCUCAGGGCCUGGCUGACUGUAGACUCCCCCCAUCCCCCCCCCACACCCCAGGGGGCAGGAGAUGGGAAUAUUUUGUUUGUUUGUUUCUCGAUCUGCAUAUGGAGUGAGUCACUGCCACUUGUCAAGGUGAAAUGGCAAAUCUGGGCUUCCUGUGGUUCCAAAAAUCUGUGACUGGAAAUCCACAAGCAGCCUGGUGGCUGAAGCUGAUUAAAGGAGAGCCUUAGGGAUUCCAGAAGCGUUCAGGGAUGUUUUUCAUGGGGGGAGGAGAAGAUGGUUUGUAAAUGAACCUCUCAUGUGUGUCUUCAGUGUUCUUUCUCAAUGGAGACAGUCACUGAACUUUGGUUAGGACAGUGUAGUGUUUUGCUCUUUGCCCAUCUUGAGUUAGGAUGGGGAGAGGAGGAAAUUGGUCCUUUUGUCUCUCUCUGUUCCUCUCCCUUCCCCCAUUCCCUUCCCUCAUCCUCACUCACAUGCACACAGUAACCUUGAAGCCGAUGGGAUUGAGUGACUGGCACUUGGGACCACAGAGAAAUGUCAGAGUGUUUGGUUACAGACUCAAGGAAACCUCUCAUUUUAGAGUGCUCAUUUGAUUUUAAGCAACGUUUUGGACUGUGAAUCAAGGCAUCGGGUGAAGACAAAAUGGCCUCGCCGGCUGACAGCUGUAUCCAGUUCACUCGCCAUGCCAGUGACGUUCUCCUCAACCUUAAUCGCCUGCGGAGCCGUGACAUAUUGACUGAUGUUGUCAUCGUGGUGAGCCGUGAGCAGUUCAGAGCCCAUAAGACGGUCCUGAUGGCCUGCAGUGGCCUGUUCUACAGCAUCUUCACAGACCAGCUGAAAUGUAACCUUAGCGUCAUCAACCUGGAUCCCGAGAUCAACCCGGAGGGGUUCUGCAUCCUCCUGGACUUCAUGUACACCUCUCGGCUCAAUCUGCGGGAGGGCAACAUCAUGGCCGUGAUGGCUACAGCCAUGUACCUACAGAUGGAGCACGUCGUGGACACUUGCCGGAAGUUUAUCAAGGCCAGUGAAGCUGAGAUGGUUCCAGCCAUCAAGCCCCCCCGUGAAGAGUUUCUGAGUAGUCGGAUGCUGAUGCCCCAAGACAUCAUGGCCUAUCGGGGCCGUGAGGUGGUGGAGAAUAGCCUGCCGCUGAGGAGCGCACCUGGGUGUGAGAGCAGAGCCUUCGCCCCCAGCCUGUACAGCGGCCUGUCCACACCGCCCGCCUCGUACCCCGUGUACAGCCACCUCCCAGUCAGCAGCUUCCUCUUCUCCGAUGAGGAGCUGCGGGAUGCCCGGAUGCCUGUGGCCAACCCCUUCCCCAAGGAGCGGGCCCUGCCCUGCGAUAGCACCAGGCCAGUGCCCGGCGAGUACAGCCGGCCGGCCAUGGAAAUGCCCCCCAGCGUGUGCCACGGUGGCCUCUACUCACCCAAGGAGGGCACCCCGGAAGAGGCACACAGUGACAUGCACUACGGUGUGGCCGAGGGCCCCAAGCCGGCCGCCCCCUCGGCCCGGAACACCCCGUACUUCCCCUGUGACAAGGCCGGCAAGGAGGAAGAGAGACCCUCCUCAGAGGAUGAGAUUGCCCUGCAUUUCGAGCCCCCCAGUGCGCCCCUGAACCGGAAGGGCCUGGUGAGUCCACAGAGCCCGCAGAAGUCUGACUGCCAGCCCAACUCACCCACGGAGUCCUGCAGCAGCAAGAAUGCCUGCAUUCUCCAGACCUCUGGCUCACCUCCAGCCAAGAGCCCGACCGACCCCAAAGCCUGCAACUGGAAGAAAUACAAGUUCAUCGUGCUCAACAGCCUCAACCAGAAUGCCAAACCAGAGGGGCCCGAGCAGGCCGAGCUGGGCCGCCUUUCACCUCGAGCCUACACAGCCCCACCGGCCUGCCAGCCGCCAAUGGAGCCUGAGAGCCUUGACCUCCAGUCCCCAACCAAGCUUAGCACCAGCGGGGAGGAUUCCAACAUCCCACAGGCCAGCCGGCUCAAUAACAUCGUCAACAGGUCUCUUACAAACUCCCCCCGCAGCAGCAGCGAGAGCCACUCGCCUCUCUACUUGCACCCCCCCAAGUGCACGUCCUGCGGCUCUCAGUCCCCGCAGCACGCAGAGAUGUGCCUCCACACCGCUGGCCCCACGUUCCCUGAGGAGAUGGGCGAGACGCAGUCGGAGUACUCAGAUUCCAGCUGUGAGAACGGGGCCUUCUUCUGUAACGAGUGUGACUGCCGCUUCUCUGAGGAGGCCUCGCUCAAGAGACACACGCUGCAGACACACAGCGACAAGCCCUACAAGUGUGACCGCUGCCAGGCCUCUUUCCGCUACAAGGGCAACCUCGCCAGCCACAAGACCGUCCAUACGGGUGAGAAACCCUAUCGCUGUAACAUCUGUGGAGCCCAGUUCAACCGGCCAGCCAACCUGAAAACCCACACUCGGAUUCACUCUGGAGAGAAGCCCUACAAAUGCGAAACCUGUGGAGCCAGAUUUGUACAAGUGGCCCACCUCCGCGCCCACGUGCUCAUCCACACUGGAGAGAAACCCUACCCCUGUGAAAUCUGUGGCACCCGUUUCAGGCACCUUCAGACUCUGAAGAGCCACUUGCGAAUCCACACAGGAGAGAAACCGUACCAUUGCGAGAAGUGUAACCUGCAUUUUCGUCACAAAAGCCAGCUGCGUCUUCACUUGCGUCAGAAGCACGGGGCCAUCACCAACACCAAGGUGCAAUACCGUGUGUCCGCCACUGACCUGCCCCCCGAGCUCCCCAAAGCCUGCUGAAGCAUGGAGUGUUGAUGCUUUCCAUUCGAGUCCCUUCUCAGAAAUCUACCCAAAGGAUACUGUAACACUUUACAAUGCUCAUCCCAUGAUGUAGUGCCUCUUUCAUCCACUAGUGCAAAUCGUAGCUGGGCUGGGGUGGGGGGAGGGGCGUGGGGGACCGGGAGCCAAGGCAGCUCCCCUUCCCUUGAGGCCAUAAAACAUUAAGAAAAUAAUAUUGCUUCUUCUCCUAUGUGUAAGGCGAACCAUGUCAGCAAAAGGCAAAAUCACUUUAGAUAUCAAAGCGGGGGAGUAUGCAAAAGUUCUGACUUGACUUGGUCUGCAAAAUGAGGAAUGUAUAUGUUUUGUGGGAACAGAUGUUUCUUUUGUAUGUAAAUGUGCAUUCUUUUAAAAGAAGAGACUUCGGUAUGUUAUCAAAGAGAGGGCUUUAAUUUUUUUAACCAAAGGUGAAGGAAUCUAUGGCAGAGUUGUAAAUAUAUAAAUAUAUAUAUAUAUAAAAUAAAUAUAUAUAAACCUAAAAAAGAUAUAUUAAAAAUAUAAAACUGUGUUAAAGGCUCGAUUUUGUAUCUGCAGGCAGACACGGAUCUGAGAAUCUUUAUUGAGAAAGAGCACUUAAGAGAAUAUUUUAAGUAUUGCAUCUGUAUAAGUAAGAAAAUAUUUUGUCUAAAAUGCCUCAGUGUAUUUGUAUUUUUUUGCAAGUGAAGGUUUACAAUUUACAAAGUGUGUAUUAAAAAAAAAAACAAAAAGAACAAAAAAAAAGCUACCGAAGGAAAAAAAUGUGUAGUUUUGUUCUAGUUUUCAGUUUGUAUAUACCCGUACAACGUGUCCUACGGUGCCUUUUUUCAUGGAAGUUUUCAGUGACGGGCGAGUGCGCCAUCCCUUCUGAAGUGUAGGCAGACACAGGGACUUGAAGUUGCCGCUCACUAAAGCUCUCUUUGGGAAUGUUUGUCUCAUCACAUUCUGCGUCAUGCUUAUGUUAGAACUACUCCAGAGACAGGGUUUGGCUGUGUCUAAACUGCAUUACCGCGUUGUAAAAUAUAGCUGUACAAAUACGAGAAUAAAACGUUGAAAAGUCAA